AUGCUGUUCAAGGCUCUUCUUGGGUUUGUUGCCAUCGUGGCUGCAAACCCGGUAGACAUGGCUAAAUAUACCAAGGCAUUUGAUACGAGAGAUGUGGGCUAUGGCGUCUCUAAUGGGGUCUUUAACAAUAUGAAAUUCUACACCCAGCAUGCUGCCGCCGCAUACUGUAACUACGAUAGACCCCCGGGCCAAAUGAUUGAGUGCACCAACAAUGCCUGUCCUCUAGUCACCCAGAAUAAGGCUACUAUUGUGGAUUCCAUGGUUGGCUUGUUCACCGGAAUUGGCGCCUACGUAGCCGUCGAUGAAGUCCGUAACGAGACUGUUCUUUCCAUCCGCGGCAGUAGCAACAUCCGUAACUGGAUUACCAACGUGGUAGUCUUGUUUCGCGACUGCAGUUUCACAAGUGAUUGCAAGGUUCAUGCUGGCUUUGCUACAGCCUGGGACGAGAUUGCCAGUGAAGCUGUUACUGCUAUUCUAGACGCGCAUAAGAAGAACCCAAACUACAAGAUUGUUCUAACGGGUCACUCGCUCGGAGGAGCAGUAGCAACUAUUGCCGCUGCCACCCUUCGUAAAGCGGGUGUUCCACUUGAACUGUACACCUAUGGCAGUCCUCGCGUUGGCAAUGAUAGGUUUGCUACGUGGUUCUCUGAACAACAAGGCGGCCACUGGCGGGUUACUCACGGAAACGACGCUGUGCCUCGUCUUCCUAGUAUCUCAUUUGGCUAUCGUCAUACCACGCCCGAGUACUGGUUGCCUGGGUUCUGGUUGUAUCCUUGGAGGACUGACUACACCGCUGGGGAGGUCCAAGUCUGUCAUGGCAUUGCCAACAACCAAUGCAACGGUCAGAAUACGCUACUUCACAGCAUUGUGGCUCACUUGCAUUAUCUUGGCAGCACAGCAAGUUGUGUUAAUCCUCUUAUAGGGAUGAGGGAUACGUCAGAGACGGAGGAGUUGUCCCAGGAAGUCCAGGAGCAGCUGAUCAAAUUGGCCCUGGAGGAUGAGAAAUAUUUGAGGGAACAUGAUCUCUAA